AAAUGUUCAUGGGAAACGUUUAAGCGACGUAAUUUCCGGUCCACAUGUCUGCCUUUACUCCGACAUACUACUGAAUUUAUUCAACGUUAUCUCAUAAAAAAAAAAAAUUGAUUUGCGUUAACAUGAAGCUUCUUACGCAUAACAUGCUGACUUCUCACGUCAAGGGCGUCACCAACGGAUACCCGCUGCUGAUCAAGCCAACGGAGGUGAAAGUGAACGAGGUGGACUUCAACGCGCAAUUUGUCAGCCGUAUGAUUCCCAAGCUUGUGUGGAGCGCUCUGCUCCAAGCUGCAGAGGAGUUGGGUCAGCGACAAGACCUGCCCGGUGAACUGGUAGCUGACUAUGAACACAAUGAGGAGUUCCUCAAGAAAGUACACAGAGUUCUCUUGGAGGUGGAGGUGAUGGAGGGCUGUCUGCAGUGUCCCGAGUCAGGGCGACAGUUCCCCAUCACCAAAGGGAUCCCCAAUAUGCUACUCAAUGAAGACGAGGUGUAGGCGCGCGCACACACACACACACACACACACUGACGGACUGGAUGUGUGUUUUUUGAAAACGGAAGUUGAACUGUUUUGCAAUGAUGUCAAGAAAAGAUCAGAUCAUUUUUACUUUUUCCCAGCCACAUGGAAAUUCAAUGCCCUGUUCUUUUAUCUGUAUUUAUUUUUGUACCCGCCCUCCUUUCCAAUAAACCCUUAGAUUCCAUUGACAGCCAGAAGUGCAGUUAGGAUUUUGUGGCCACUGAGGAUUGACUUUAUUAUAGCUGUGAGUGAAUGUAGGCGGGAGUGUGACUUGCUGAGUCUGUCUGUCUGUGUGUGAUUGAGUCUGUUACUUUGAGCGUGUAAGUGAGUGAGUGUGUGUCAACGAGUGACUAUAUGAGGAUGUGUAUGAGUGAGUGACUAGUCGUGUGCGUGCGUGUGUAUGUCAGUCAAUGAGUAUGCAAGUGCAAGUGUGAGUGAUUGGCAGUGCACAAGUUUGUGUGGUAUUGCGUGAACGUGACUUUGUUAGAGUGUGUGUGAAAGCAAAGUGUAUGAGUGCUUGAGCGUUUGAAAGUCUGAGAGUAAGUUAAUAUUACUACAUUAUCUGAGGGUACAUUCGUGUAUGACACUGUGUGUGUGUGCAUGUGCACGUGUGUGUGUGUGUGCGCGUGCGUGCGUGCACCGCACACUCAUGUGAUUGUAGGGAGCACAGAGGUCCAGAUGACGUGGCAGCGGCUGGUCUAUAUUUGGCUAAGAGGGGAAAAAAAGGCAGCAGACAGGCCGGGAGUUGUUUUUCACCAUUUUCCCCUUUUUUUCUUCUUUUCUUUUUCAUUUUGAAAACCGCAAGUAAGUCGCAGUGGCCAAAAGCACCCCCGCCCCCACCUGCUUUGGUUUGCCUUUAGAGUUGUCUCCGUCUUCAGCAAGUUGAAACAGACGUGUUAAACGACAUUGUUUUCCAAAGUGGGAGCGGGUGCGUGCGCGGCGACACAAAACCCCGAGGCAGGCCGAGUGCUACCUUUCUUUCCUUCUACUUAAAGCAAUUACAGGCCUGUGCCCACAACUAUAAUGACAGUAUGAUGCGAUGGCAGCAGAGCAGCAAUAAAAGCCACCCAUGACAGAUUAACA